AAAAACCCCAAAAUAUAAGAAAAAAACACUGUUGUAACAAUGGUGAAGAAAGAAGUGAGGUGAUGGAGGGUGGGAAUGGGAACCGUCGCUCUUCUUUUUCCCAACCACCGCGCCACCAAUUCCCUUUCACUGCAACCAAUCAAUCCAAAGUUUCAAACUUUUCUCAACGGGUGACUCCUCCUCCAACCACUGGUAGUAAUAGUAACGCCUCUACCUCAGAUUUCAACGAGGAUUCACAAGGAUCUUCCAAUUUUGGGGGUUUACUUGGAACUUGUUCUUAUAUGUGCCCAGAAAGAGAGAGGAUCCAGCGUGAGAAACUUCGAGAUUUGGCAGUUUUUGAGAGGCUAAAUGGCAAUCCUGGAAAAUCAUCUCCAGCUCUUGCUGUCAAGAAGUUUUGCAGAACUAUAUCUAUCAAAGAAGUUCAAGCAUCUGAUAUGCGACCUCUUCCUGUAUUAGAAGAUACUUUAAAUUAUCUAUUGGGCUUGCUGGAUUCUAAGGAGCAUCCGUUCGAAGUAGUUCAUGACUUCAUCUUUGAUAGAACAAGGUCUAUACGUCAAGAUCUUACAAUGCAAAGUAUUGUAAACAAGAGAGCUAUCUUCAUGUACGAGGGAAUGGUGAAAUUUCAUGUUAUAUCACAUCGCAAGCUCUGGUGUUCUGCGGGUGAUCCAAACAUCGCAUCCAUGCAUCAUCUCAACAUGGAACAGCUCACAAAGACAUUAUCUUCUUUAUUCAAUCUGUAUGAAGCAAAUCGAAAUUCAAAUGAUUUACAUGAGAAUGAAGCAGAGUUCCAUUCAUUCUACGUGCUUCUUAAUCUUGGUUCUCACAACAAACCAAUGGGAGAACCUCUUUCUUUAUGGUUUAGUCAUGUAUCAACUCCAAUAUUGAAGUCAAAAGAAAUGCGUUUUGCUAGGAGAAUCGUGCGCUCGUUCCGAAUGGGUAAUUAUAUGGAUUUCUUCCGAACUGUAGCAGCUGAUGCAUCAUAUCUACAGUACUGCAUAAUGGAGCCUUAUAUCAAUGAAAUUCGUUCACUGGCUUUAUCUUACAUAAAUUUCGGUGGCUACAAACUUCAUCCAUAUCCUCUGUUCGUCCUCUCAAAACACCUGAUGAUAGAGGAAUCGGAUUUGGAAUCGUUUUGUCAUUCUUGCGGUCUUGAGACAUGUAUAGAUGAAUCUGGAAAUAAGUUACUUCAAACAAAGCAAACUACCUUCAGUCCCCCUAAAGGUGGGAUCCAGAAAUAUAGCUUCUUGGGCUUGCAAGAUUAUGAAAGGUAGUUUUUGUAACAUCAGUUCAGAUGUACGCCUCCCGCGCAAUACUAGGAGAUUGGAACAAAAAUGGUCAAAGAAUUGUUGCAGCAGCUUUCAUCACUUUUCCGAAGUAUGGAAAUGACUGUAUGCAUAGACCAAUUAUAUAAAUCCUUUGGAAUCUCUAUGGGAUAUUUGUACUAUAAACUGAUCUUGUUGCAUAUUUGUACUUGUAAGUGUACAUUUGAUUUUAUAUUUAGAAUGUUGUUAAUGUAUAGGUGUUUAUUAGAAAACAGACUAUAAAUAUCCAGUCUGCAUAAUAACAGUAGCAAUAUUAUUAGAGUA